CGUUUUGUAUUCACGGUUACUUGAGCUCUAAAUCAAUAUAGUUUGUCAUACGUAAAGUGAAGUUUUGAGACCUAAUGUAUUUAAAGAUCAAAGCUAUGUUGCAGUCCUAACACUUAUGAAGAUCCCCUACUGGCCAAUCAUACUUGAUCAUGGGCGGAGACUAGACAGAGAAGACACCUUAAGGCUCCAGAGAGACUACAGAGACUCAACCAGAGAGACUACAGAAACUUGAGCAGAGAUACUACAGAGAGACUCAACGAGAGGGAAACUCAACCAGAAACAGCAGUAACCAGACAGAGGAUCAACUAGAGAGAAAAAAUCUUCCAGAGACUAGAUACAGGAUCCAGAUAGAGCUGAAUUAUGAAGACACCUCACUGUGAUAUAUGUGGGAAGAGCUUUUCCAUAUCCAAUAACCUCAAAAAGCACAUGAAGAUCCACGCUGGAGAGAAGCCCUACAGCUGUGACCUUUGUGAUAAAACCUUUAGCCAAGUUGCAAAUGCCAAAGUUCACCGUAGGAUCCACACUGGAGAGAGGCCCUACAGCUGUGACCUCUGUGGUAAAACCUUUAGCCACUCUGGCAAUUUCAAAGUUCACUGCAAGAUCCACACUGAAGAGAAUCCCUACAGCUGUGACCUCUGUCAUAAAACCUUAAGCAGUGGUAACAGUUUAAAAGUUCACCGCAGAAUCCACACUGGCGAGAAGCCCUACAGCUGUGACCUCUGUGAUAAAACCUUUAGCCAUGCUAACAGUUUCACAAUUCACCGCAGAACCCACACUGGAGAGAGGCGCUACAGCUGUGAUGUCUGUGGUAAAACCUUUAGCCAGGCUGGCCCUUUCAGAGCUCACAGCAGGAUCCACAAUGGAGAGAAGCCGUACAGCUGUGACCUCUGUGGUAAAACCUUUAGCCAGGCUGGCCCUUUCAGAGCUCAUAGCAGGAUCCACACUGGAGAGAAGCCCUACAGCUGUGACCUCUGUGGUAAAACCUUUAGUCAGGCUUCCACUUUGAGAACUCACCUCAGAAUCCACACUGGAGAGAAGCCCUACAGCUGUGACCUCUGUGAUAAAACCUUUAGCCAUGCCAACAGUUUCACAAUACACCGCAGAACCCACACUGGAGAGAAGCCCUACAGCUGUGACCUCUGUGAUAAAGCCUUUAGCAGUAGUAACGGUUUAACAGUUCACCGCAGAAUCCACACUGGAGAGAAGCGCUACUGUGCCCUCUGUGGUAAAACCUUUAGCAGUUGUAGCGGUUUCACAAUUCACAGCAGGAUCCACACUGGAGAGAAGCCCUACAGCUGUGACCUCUGUGACUAUUCAUGUAAAACAAGUGGCCAUCUGAAGAGUCACCUGCGUGUCCACAAUAGAAAAACCCCAAAGCAGUGAUGUCUAGGGCCAAACUGUCCCAGUAGUAGUACUGUAUAGCCUUGUUUUUUGCAUAUUUCUGUGAAACUUGCUAAAUAAACAUUAGCUAGCUACACUAUGUACCCUCUAAGCUAAAUAUCUAUUACUUGUUUGGACAAUUUGAUGGUGGAAAAAAGUAAAACCCUUUUAGUUAUGGAGAGGAAUAUAGCUAGAUAGCGCUAGUUCUUUGGGGGGGGGGGGGGGGGGAUUCCGGUUUUUCCACUUAUCACCAGAAUGGUCAUAACUUUUAAACAAAAGAAUGUUUUUUUAUUGCCCACAUAAUUAUGUAUAUUUCAUAUGCUCUAAGUGUUCCUUUAUCUUGUAAUAAAAGUGGUUGAAAAAGAA